AUGGGCUCAACAGACAGAAUCUUUGGUGCUACUGCCGUCAGUGCAGCACUCUUCAUUUUCGUAUACUAUUCUACUUGGACCUUUAUUGUGCCUUUCUUAAGCGAAGACAGUAGCCUUCAAAAGUAUUUCCUUCCUCAUGAAUAUGCUAUUUAUUUGCCUGCUGCUGUUUUGGUUGCAGGUGUCUCUCUCAUCACCGCUUUCUUUGUAAAGACAACAUCUCAAAGCAAGAACAAAAAGGCAAAAUAG